AGAGGCAGGGAUGAACAAAAUGUCAGAAACAAAAUCUUUCUCUAUGUCACCUACGGCCGUCCAGGUGACCUUGAUUUUACUUGUCAAAAGUCAAAACAAAUAAGAAAGGUUAUAUAGGUUAUUUUAUUUUGGAAAUGGCUAAAGGAAAAGAGGACGAAGAAAUGCCAGCAGAGUUUUCCGUUGAAAAGAUUCUCGAUAAGAGGACAAGAAAUGGAAAAGUAGAGUAUUUACUGAAGUGGAAAGGCUAUAAGGACGAAGAUAACACUUGGGAACCUGAAGAAAAUCUUGAUUGCCCUGAUCUUAUUUCAACAUAUGAAGCACAAUUCCAGAAUAUCGUAGCAAGCAGUGUGGAUGAUAAUGAUAAAGGAAACAAACGUAAGAGCAUCGCAGAGGAUAAUAGACUGAGAGGAUUUGAUAGAGGUCUUGAACCAGAUAAAAUAGUUGGUGCAACAGAUGCCACUGGAGAACUAAUGUUCUUGAUGAUGUGGAAAAACUGUAAAGAAGCAGAUUUAGUUGCAGCAAGAGUAGCAAAUGCAAGAUGCCCUGAAAUAGUUAUUAAAUACUAUGAAAGUAAACAAAUGUGGUAUUGUAAACCAAAUGUCAUUGAAAUAGAUUGAAUCUUCAACAAAAA